GAGGAUGAGGAGGGGCGGUCGAUGGCUGCUCAGCCUCCCUGAUCCCGCCAGUGCUUCCCCGGCAUCCAUGGACCGACUGCUUCUCGUGAUGGCGGUGGCCUGCGUGGCGGCCGGCGCCGCGCCACGAUUACGCGCCGUCGAUCCUGAGGAGCCGGACGCACUUCUCAAGUUCGCGCUUACCGAGCUCCAGCGGGCUAAGGUUGAGAACCACGAGAUGGACGACUGUCACGGGCUCGAGGUCGCCUCCAUUGACUCCCACGACGAGAAGGUCGAAAACGGCAUUAAGCACCACCUGAAGCUUAAAGUCCAGCCAACACUUAUAGGGACAGCGGCUUGCAGCCAACGGAACGCCAACGUGGUGGUCAACGUUCGCCCACAACCUGAAGUUUGCGAGGCCGAGGUCUGGGAAAACCAAGACGAAGACGGACGUCACCAGAUGGCACUGCUCCGCUCGAGCUGCCUGCAGUCGAGGAGCUGCGCAACUGACUUCGAAUCUACUCUCGUUAGUUUUAACAGCACCACUGUUGAGUAUCUGUACAAUAGAUACGAAUUGGGAAUAUGCCUCUGUACAAGAAGUUUAAAUAGGAGGAACAAAAGCAGAAAAUACCGUAAUAUACCAGACGAGUCAGCACAUCUUACAACAGGCAACUUGGUGUGGCUGCUGGGAAAAAUAGAAGAGGGAACAAAAGGGCGAAAGGGAUUGCUGUUUAAUUUCGCAGUAUUUAUCCGAUGAUAACGCGAGUUCAAUCAAACCAGCGCCAUACCUUAUAGGUCCAUAGCUAAAAACCCUGUACUGCAAUGUAUAACGCGUGCUUCUAUUUGAAACAAACAGCCAAUGGACAGGACUGAUCACUGUUACGUUCUUCUCCGCCACGGUGCGUAUUAUGUAUUUUGCGCCCAUAUUUUCAGAUGUGGCAAAUAGCGUACCACAGGUUCUUAAAAUAAGCGAGAAAUGAAACCUUCAGACGUAACCCUCGCAAACAGAAAUUUCGCAGUGAAGUAUGUUAUCGGGCCGUGAUCCAGAGCUGGCAUUCCGAACAGUGUGAAGCUCAAACGCUGAGGCCCCGGCGUUUCUCACGAGCUGGAGUCUAUCCGUGCCUGUUGAAGAGAUGAGUGCUUCUAACUUUGCGUUUCGUGAUGUUUGCUUAAAGGAUGAACACCUGAAAGAUUUUGCGGGUAGCGGUUCAUGCCGCGGCGGUUAUCAUCCAUAGCUAUAUGCCGGCAAAAGCUGAAGAGAAACUAAUGCAUGCACCGAGACACUUCGAGGUAGCAUAUGCUAGCAUUGCUUCUUCAUUAUAGUUCCUGCGUACUGACGGCCAGUCAAAUUUUUCCUCCUCCUACACACAGUGUCGCUGUAAAAUCGCAAGAAGGAAUGGGAUACUGAUACAAAUGAAGAAGUUUAAAGGACACCUAAACCACACAGAAGUCGAAAUUUAGUUCUGGUGUUCCUGUUGUGCAUGAUUUGACAACGAACACAUAGUCGCUAGAAUUUUUUGAAAUGGCGCCGUAACAGUGGAGUUACACAAGUCUAGCGAUUGAAAUGUGGCCCUCGCUUGUUUCGCUCUUUCCUUCGCGGCGCCUCCUUCGUCGGCUGGUCUCUCCUGCUCGCUAGGGUGCUCCCUCUCGCUAUGCGUCGAUGAACAGCAGGUAGCGCUCCUACCUGCUAGCAGAGAAACAGGUUCGACGAAUCGACAGCGGCUUCUCCAUGUGACAUCACCUAAUCGUCCUGGUGACGUCACUACCAACGCUAGGCAUCCCGGAAAGGCCCGGAGAGAAGUACGGGAUUGCUUUGUUUUUGUGGCUCGCUCGACACAAACUUCGUCUACACAAGCAGUUUUUCAAAAGCAAAUAAUAUUCAAUACUAUAUUUCCUCUUGAUUCUUGUUUUUUAUGGUAGGCUGUUGGGCCAGCUUUACAUAGCAAGAUAUUUUCUCCUAUGGACCUUUCAAGAAAUUGGCGCACACCUCCAGCGGCGGCCGCAAGGCAGUAUGAGAAGCCGGGCCAUGCUCCGGCCGCCGGCGGUCUCCAAAGAUUCAUCUGCUUGUAUUGCCUGCAUUGAGAAAGCGUGCGGUCAGUGAGCGCAUCGUUGCACGACUAGUGGUUUUGAGAACCCGUUUUCGAAGAUAGAGCGAGUGAGCGUUAUUUCACGAGGACGUAGAGAGAAAACAGACACAGCCUGUGUCUUUCACUCAUGCUAACCAACUCGCCCGCAAACGUGUUUUAGCCGUUAUCUGCCUUUCUUCAAAGAGCAGAUGUAGCGUAGAUGACAGCCAUGCAUAUUUGGUCCCUUAAUUGCGUGCACUAGCAAAAACACUUAUUGGAUAAGAAGGGGUAGAAAGGGUGUAUGUAGUGAGCAGUAUGGGUGACUUGCGCUUGGCCGGUCGUUUUAUAUGCGCAGUAGCUUUUCAUUUACUUGACAUCGUUAUAAGGCUGCGUUUUAAAUCCCGUAAUAUUUCGCAAGCAUGAUACAAGUACCUUCUUUAUAUUCUUAUCGCCUUUUCGUGGCACACAAAAAACCAGAAAUUAAGAACUCUCGCUCACUUUCGGGCACUUUCUUAGCUAUACUCGGACAGGACGAUUCACAAAUACUCUGUUCAUCAUGGAGAUACUCGUAAAGUAAAAUUACGCAGAACCAAUCGCGGGAAUGUCAAGACAUAAACUUCCAGAGUUACUAGACUUGUGUAACAUAUAUUUACACCGCAAAGGUCGUCCGGAAAACAGUUGUUUCUUUUCCAAAUUUCUGAAUGUCGUUUUCGUUUCAGUAGUUUUGUAAAUUAGUCUUCAGUCAUGUUCUGAUGCCAUAUAUGAUACCAUAUCUGAAAGUAUUUAAGAAUAAUUGCUUCGUCCAUAAGCCUGCUACAUCUUACUCUUUUUUCAACUGGGAAGUUCAAACACUGCGUUCUGUAUUUAUGAGUCUGUUUUAUGAGUAAUG